AUUGUAUUUGCUGUUUGUUUUCUAUGGACGCUUACUUGGGACUACUCAAAAACGCGACCAACGAGUCGGCCGCGCGAAUUAUUCUGGAUGCUCUUGAAAACGAUUCGCUCUUCCACUUUACGCGGCUGCUGGAAGCACCACCCAUUGCAAAGCUGGCAGAGUCGGACGAGUUCAAGCCGUAUCUGAGGCUCCUGGAAAUAUUCUCAUUCGGCACCUUGAGCGACUACAAGCUGCUUUCGCAGCAGCUGCCUGAAAUCAAUGGGCAUCAGUUGGAGAAGCUCAAGUACCUGACUCUGGUCACACUUGCAUCGCACGCCAAGGUCCUGCAAUACAACGACCUGAUGUCUGAGCUGGAAUGCACUGACGAGCAGCAGAUGGAGGACCUAGUCAUCGAGUCCAUCUACAAUGGGCUGCUCUCAGCCAAGCUGGAUCAGCAGCGCCGCCUAGUCGAAGUUGAUUUUGUAGUCGGCCGCGACGCAAGCCGAGCGGACCUGCGCGAGAUGCUGAGCGUGUUGAACUCGUGGUCGGCCGUGUGUGAUACCGCCCUGAGCGACCUGAAUAGCCGCAUCAGCAAUGUCAGCUCGGAGGCUGUGGCGAAGCAGAUGGCCGAGAAGGACUUUACCGAGCGGCUCCAAGAGGUGCGUGUCAAGUAUGCGCCCGUCGCUGGCGAUGGUGAUGAGCCACUGCACAGCUCACAGUACACAAGCACCGAGUACCAGCGUGAGGAGCAGAGGAAGGCUACUACAUCGUAG